GGUGGUUUCAAAUUCAAGUCGAAAACGAACCGAGUUAUAAUGCACUUUGUGACAAACGAUGAAGUUAGGAAGGGAGGAUUUUACGCAACUUAUGUACAAACGAGAGGCAUUAUCUUCUGUAAUCAACUCGAUGUGCCAAAUGGUGUUAGCAACUGUACGAGAGUUGGUAACAAACCACUUUAUUCAAAAUGCGACGUCAUAUGUGACCUCGAAUUCGAGCUUCGCGGAAACAUGACAACUGACUGUAGAAACGGGGAAUAUACUAAUGUCCCUUUAUGUAUACCCCGUUCAGAAAUCAUUGACAUUUGCAUCAGCAAUAUUACAGAUCCGACUUGCCCUUUACCACCAGAGAUUCUAGUUGGAUAUAUCGACCAGUACAUGCCCAAUACAAUGGACAAUCAUAAGUCUUAUGAAAAUAUUUCAGCACUGUUCGAAGAAUUGGGAGAAACUGUGAAUGUUUUUGCAGUAAUUACUGACAUACCGCUAUCUCGGGCAACUGGGAAUAUGUACAAUUGCCCGAAUUACCUUUGCACUUACAACAAAGCGAAGAUGGGGUUUAAAUACAACUGCAGAUUACUGGCGUUGAAGUUGCAGAAAAAAUAUAAUCUCAGCAAAGCCGCAACAAAAGCUCGUAUGAUUCAUUGUUUCGCAUGCCAGAGCAAUCAAUGCGGAGGUCCAGCAACAAUAUUCAGCUGAGUGGUGACUAGCGAAAAACAAUUGAUCUAAUGAUUUAAGCAACGAAUAAACGCAAAGCUAAUGG